UGCCGCUCUUACAUGGGUGAUUUUCAGACUGGCCAAGUUCUUUCCAUUGGAUUUGGUUGUGACUAUAAAAUUACAGUAGAGCAUGAGAUUCUGCAUGCACUGGGGUUUUAUCAUGAACAAUCAUGGAGUGACAGGGACGAUUAUGUUAAGAUUUGGUGGAAUGAAAUUAUUGAAGAUCAGGAGCAUAACUUCAACAAACAUGAUGAUAGCUUCAUGUCUGACCUAAACACCCCUUAUGUAUAUGAAUCCAUCAUGCAUUAUAGACCUUAUUCAUUCAACAAGAACAGUAGCAUUCCGACAAUUACGACUAAAAUUCCAGAAUUCAAUGACGGAAUUGGGGGAAGCCAGGAUUUGAGCAGGAUAGAUCUACAAAGACUCAAUCGUAUGUACAACUGUGCGUCUAGCCUUACCCUCCUUGACCAGUGCUCCUUUGAGUCCAUUAAUAUCUGUGGCAUGGUGUAGAAUAGAAACGAUGAUGCUGACUGGGAGCAUACGUUGACUACGCCGGUUGAUACGGACCACACCUUGUUGGGCCGCUGUGCAGAGGGGGGAUAUUUUAUUCACCUGGAUUCCACAGUAGGGCAUUCGGGUGAAUUAGCCGUUUUGGAGUCCCGCAUCUUCUACCCAAAGAGGAAAGAAAAGUGUCUACAGUUUUUUUACAAAUUCGAUGGCAGUCUACAAGAUGCACUCAUCAUCUGGAUUAAAAGCGACGAUGGAACUGGGAAUGUUAGGAAGACACUGAAACUGCAGACGAUCUAUGCUGAUGGAGAAAAACACUGGACAUUAGCAUCCAUUUCCUUUAAUAGCCAGGCCAAAUUCUGCUAUGUUUUUCAUGGCAUUUGAGGAGAUCCAUCCAACUCUACUGGUGGAAUUGAUAUUGACGAUAUCAGCCUGACUGAGACACAGUGUCCCACUAGAAAGGGAUUCCUAACUAUCAAGGAGCAAUAA